GAAAAAACAAUAACAAAGGCAACAACCAGUCCGUGGAAUUGCGUUAGAUCAGUGCCCCUUUAAACUUUGCCAGCUUUCCAACAAUGUAGAACACUACAGAUGUGAAUCAAGAUAACGCGAGAAAAUUCAAUGACACAUACGAUCGACAGUGGAAGAAAAACGACUUAAUUCAGUCUGUUUUCCACCAGGUAAUACCUGGAAGGAACAAAAGAAGCUUCAAAACACAUACUUCGUAACUGCUCUACGAUGGGAGUAGAUAGAAGCUUUCUUCGCGUACCUCUAUCCAAUGACGUGUAACAAGUGCGUGUCCCGUGGCCUCUGCGGAUACCAAGGGGUCGUCUUGAUAUCACUGUAUUAAUCUGUAGGGCUUCCUAUAUUCAGUGUGCGAGUUGGGUAUAUGAAACACAUACUGCAUGUCAUGACAAUGUUGUAUUUGUUGAAGCAUCUACGGAAACAUCUAGUGACAACAUGCAGUACCUUCUACUGGUGUGGAUGUGUCUGCCGUGUGUCAUGGGCCAGUUGAAGCUUGUGGAGAGGUUCAACAUGGGUAGCCUCGGGCGUCAGGUGUCGACAGCAGCCAGGACAUCCUUCUCCUUCUAUGAAGAGUGGCAGAUUUUCAAGAACACACACGGUAAAAUGUUCCGCGACUUUGACACAGAGAGCCAAAGGUACGAAACUUUCAAAGACAACCUGCAAUACAUUGCUGACCACAACACACUGUACAAAAAAGGGGUCAGCUCCUUCUACGUGGGCAUCAACCAGUUCUCUGAUAUGACACAUGACGAAUUCAGCAGUUACAUGCGCCUUGAGCGCCUCAUUCAGCGGACUUAUCAUGGCAUACCUUCACACCUCUCCCUGCCAGAUGACCAACUGCCGGACCAGAUUGACUGGAGAACACGUGGAUUUGUCACCCCAGUCAAAGAUCAGGGUCAGUGUGGUUCCUGUUGGGCAUUCAGCACAGAUUCAACGUGCAAGUAUGACGCCUCCAAAGUCGUCGCCAACUGCACCGGUCACACCGACAUCCGCAGAGGCAGCGAGUCGGACCUUAAGUCAGCUGUAGGAUCUGUUGGUCCUGUGUCGGUUGCCAUUGACGCCUCGCACAAGUCCUUCCAGCUGUACAAGGGUGGUGUCUACAGCGAGAAACGGUGCAGCACCACCAACCUGGACCACGCCGUGCUCGCCGUCGGCUACGGCACUCUGAAAGGGCAGGACUACUGGCUGGUCAAAAACAGCUGGGGAUCAUCGUGGGGUGAGGACGGCUAUGUGAAAAUGAUUCGCAACAGACGCAACCAGUGCGGUAUAGCCACCGAGGCCAGUUAUCCCACUGUGUAGAACCCCUAAGAACAGAUAACCCUUCCAGGCUACUGCGCGCACCUUGCCCGCACCGGAGACAAGCCUCACUAGCCCCGCACCGGAGACAAGCCUCACUAGCCCCGCACCGGAGACAAGCCUCACUAGCCCUGCACCGGAAACAAGCCUCACUAGCCCUGCACCGGAGACAAGCCUCACUAGCCCCGCACCGGAGACAAGCCUCACUAGCCCUGCAACGGAGACAAGCCUCACUAGCCCUGCACCGGAGACAAGUCUUACUAGCCCUGCACCGGAGACAAGUCUCACUAGCCCCGCACCGGAGACAAGCCUCACUAGCCCCGCACCGGAGACAAGCCUCACUAGCCCUGCACCGGAGACAAGUCUCACUAGCCCUGCACCGGAGACAAGUCUCACUAGCCCUGCACCGGAGACAAGUCUCACUAGCCCCGCACCGGAGACAAGCCUCACUAGCCCUGCACCGCUAUUUCCUUUGUUAUAAGCCCAAGAAAUAUUUCGCUGUCAACGAUAUGUUUGUUAAAAACGUGUUUUUGUUGACGUCAGGUGUUCCCUAGAAUUGAAUAAAUAUAUCAAAAACUCUUAAUACAUAUACAUUUGACACGGUGCUGUUACCAGGGAAUCGGUUCUUGGGGUGAAGGAAGGACAAAGUUGGAAUCACUGUUUCAGAACAUUUAAUACAUAACAUUAAAACAGUAGACCAAAAAAAAGGCACAAUGAGUGGAAAAGCUACUCGACAUCACAAGCACAACGAUGUGUGGAGAUUCCAGCUCAGACGUACUUUGGUGAACAUCCGUUCCAGCUCAACAUCCGAACGCUUCCUUGGAGCGGAACAUCCUACUCGCGAGCGAGCAUCAAACUGUUGUAUUUACAGGCCGCAAGACACUUUAUACAUUUACACACUGGGCGAGACGGCUUAAAAGACCUUCUUGGUCCACUGGAAAUGUCAAAUUUUAAAGUUGCCGAAAAGUUUGCAAUACUGGUAAUGUCAACCAAGCUAAAAAGGCUAACGUUUAGCCUUUCUUCCUUCAUAUACAUUUGACCUGAUCAAAUACAAAAUUAUGACUAAAAUGAGGGAA